AUGGUUAAUAUUUCAUAUAUAUAUUUUGAGAUUUUUGAAAAAUAAUAUUUUGCUAAAGGUGAAUCCAAAUAUUAAACAGCGAAAACAAUUUUUAAUUAUGGACUCAUUAUAAUUAAUAAUAGGAAAAUCCUAUUUGAUUAUUACUUAUAAGUCUACCAUAGAAAUAUUCAAUUUAGUAUUUUUCAAUUAAACUUUUUUUUAAUUUUAGUGUAUUAAUAUAUAUCAAAUUCAUUAGAAAUACACAUAAAAAUGAUUACAAUAAAUAAUAGAGAGGAUGUAAACAAAUGUAUAAUGGAUUUUUCUUAAGAGUUCUUGGUUAUUAUAUUUUUUAUAAAUUGGUCUCUGUGUAUUAAGUAGAAUUAUAGAAAUCCUAAUUUUGGUCAAUUGUAGCAUUUUUUACUAUUGGAAGAAAAAUUAUACUAUGAUUUUAUUAUUAUCCCUCUUCUGUAAAAAAGAAAUCAUUUAAUUAAUGAACUUGUAUUUGUGUUAUUUACUUUAGGAAAAAGAAAAUCAAAAUCAAAAUUAAAGGUAAUAAGUUCUUACUGAUAUAUUUGAUGUCAAUUUUAGAUAAUAUUUAUGUUGUUAAUAUUUUUCCCUUUUUCUUUUAAUAAAGUGUUAUUAUAUAUAUUAAUAAUUUAAGGAAUUGUUAUUAACCUAAAUCUUAAAUUAAUAAUUAAUAUAAAAAAUGAACAUAAACAAAUUAUAAUGCCUAAAAGAAUAUCAUUAUUCUAAACCAAUUAUGGGAGUGUGCAUUGAUUAAUAAUGCAUAGAGGAUAAAUCUUUCUGUCAUGAAUGUUAUAUGAAUUGUCAUAGACAUGACAAAAAUAAAUUGUACCUUUUUCCCAGUUUGGAAGAUUGGUUUAAAUAGUUUUUUAUGAAGUUUGAAUGUACAAUAUAAUAAAUGACAGAAUCUUUUUCAUUAAUAGAGAACUUAAAAAAAAAUUUUAAUCAAUUUAAGAUAGCAUAAUUAAAUUUAUUUAUGAAAGAAGUGGUAAAUUUAGAAAAACAAAUAGAUAUGCUCAAUCUUAAUUUAAACUCAUUUAUCUUACAAUUAUGUUAAUUGAGUCAAUAAACCCAAUAGAAUCAAUAGAGUUAAUAAACUCAAUAGAAUCAAUAAACUCAAUAGAAUCAAUAAACUCAAUAGAAUCAAUAGAGUCAAUAGAGUCAAUAAAAUCAAUAGAGUCAAUAGAGUCAAUAAAAUCAAUAGAGUCAAUAAAAUCAAUAGAGUCAUUAGAGUCGAUAGAAUCAUUAAAGUCAAUAGAGCCGAUAGAAUCAAUAGAGUCAAUUCAUUAUCUAAUUCAAUAAAAUUUCAUAUAAUGAUUUAAUUACUUAAAAUGAGAAUACUAACAUACAAGAUUAAAAAAGAAAUUAAAUAUAAUAGACUCAGGGAAAUGGAUUAGCAAAUUAUGAUACACCUACAUAAAGUUCUCUCAAAUUUUUAGAUGUUUAAUUUAAAAUUGAAGAAUAUAAUUCACAUGUAGAAAUUACACGUAAUGGAAAAUUAGUAAAGUGUUUAAUAAGUGAAAAUAUAAUUAUGGGUAAUCCUAUGAUUCCAAAAACUGGAAUAACAAAAUUUGCUAUAAAGCUUUUAAAUCCAGUAUAUUAUGUAGCAUUGGGUGUGGGGAAAAAAGAUAUGUUAUAAUAAAUAAAUAAUCAACUUAAUCUAUUUCAAUAAAAGGAACACGGGUAAAAUUAUUUGAUUAACAUAUAUAGAACUUACCUUGUAAAUUCACUUGGACUUGUAUUCUCUCAUAAUUCAUUUACAACAUACAAAAAUUUUUCUUUUAAGGAAAAUGACACAAUAAUCAUUGAGUUGGAUAUGGGAAAAUCUAAAAUUACUUGGACUAAAUUAAAUGAUAAUUCCAAUAUUGUAAGUAUUAAUAUAGAUUUUUAAGUCUGUUCCAUUCCUAAAUUCCUUUGAUCUGUAUCCUUUAUUACAUUUAAAUCAAACAGUUAUAUAGGUAGUGGAUAAAGUAUGA